CAGAGAGUGUUUUCCCCUCCAGUGCAGGGCAGGGCAGACUCCGUAGUCCACAAGCAACGAUCGCCGUCUCGUCUUCUUCUUCCUUUUUCUUCCUCGCCACAGGGCACCAAUCCAGAGUCCCGAGAGCAAUAUAAGAGACGGGAGAGAAAGAGACGAGCCAUCCAGCAGCACCGUCACGGACUCACAGGGCCAAAUAGUAGUAAAGUCAAGGCGCCAUGGGCUUCUUCACCAAGAGCACCUCCAAGCAGACCGCCAAGCUCAAGUCCCUGAUCAAGAUCGCCGUCGCACGGCUCGCCGUCGUCCGCCGACCCCGCGUCGGCCGCCGGUCCAUCGCCCGCAGCGAUGUCGCGCAGCUCCUCGCCAUUGGCGACCUCGACCGCGCUCUCGUCCGGGCAGAGCAAGUCAUAGAGGAAGAUCACAUGCUGGAAGUGCUCGACAUCAUCGAGCUCUACUGCAAAAUCCUCAUCGAGCAGGCUGCGCAGCUAGACAAACCCAAGGAGUGCAGCGAGGAGAUCAAGGCGGCGGCGGCGGGGCUCAUGUUCGCGUCGGCGCGCUGCGGCGAGCUGCCGGAGCUGCUGGACGCGCGCGCCAUCCUUGCGGACAAGUUCGGCCGGGACUUCGCCAGGGCAGCCAAGGAAGGCUCCCCAGGCGUCGUCGAUCCUACGUUAGUGCGGAGGUUAUCUGGUGAGAGGGCGAGCGUGGAGCAGCAGAGGAGGUUGGCCAGAGAGAUCGCCGCGGAGAACGACAUCCUGCUCGAGUUCCCCGAGAACCCAGGAGAGAUUCAUCAGAGUAAACAGAAUGGACAAGCCAGGAUCGUGCCGGCUGAGGAAUUUGUCGAGCAGGUCGAGGUCAAGACGGAACCUCACAAGGUGCAGGAGAGACAGACGCUUGUGGAUGAUAAGGUGAACCCACCGAAGCCGAACCUUGCUCAGCUGAGCGCACAGGAGAUGGCGCUGAGAGAAUCCAAGAAAUAUGACGAUGUCAGGAGGGCGGCAGAGGCGGCCUUCGAGUCGGCAUCGUUCGCCGCGAUGGCCGCCCGGGCGGCCGUGGAGCUGUCUCGGUCGGAGUCCGAAGGGAAGGGAUCGAGAGGCGGCGGCGGCGGCGGCCAUGACAAGGUUCAUCCCGUGCUGAAUUCCGGAGCAACUGAGCAGCAGGAGACGCGGCCAUCGGGGAAGCCCCAAAAGCCUCGGUCGCCAUCUUCGUCUCCGUCGUGGAGCGACAAGAGCACCGUCUCCUCGGUAUGGUCGGACCCGCCGCAAAAGGGGAAGGGCAUUGUGUUCGACCAGAGCGACGAGGAAGACGACGAUGUCGUGGAGGAGCUCCUCUGGACUCCGCAGCCGCGCCGGGCUCCCUGCAGGCGCACGGCCUCCACGACGGGCAUCAUCAACGUCGGGGUCGGCGACACGCACGGUUCGUGGGGCGAGGACUCCGGCGAGGCAGGCUCCGACCUAUGGCCGAUGCAGGACCGCGGCGGCGUGCCCAAUGGCUCGCAACAGGCGCGCCCGACGCACAGGAGGCACGCCUCGGAGCUCGCUGGCGGCAACAACGCGCUCCGCGAGGCCCCGGACCAGCGCGGCCAGUACAGAGCCCCUCCGUACAGGAGGAACGCCACGGGCACGGGCGACGCCGCCGGCGCGGCGCCGCGUGCGAAGGAGGAGGAGGAUCUCGACGGCGCGCGGCCACGACGCCCCCAGGAUGGCAUGGGCAACGGCGCCGCGGCGCGGCCAGCGGAGGAGGAUCUGGACGGCAGUCGGCGGCCGCGACCCCAGGACGGCGGCGGCGCGUACGAGAGCUCGGCCUACGUGGCCCGCGCGCCGUACGCGAGGAUCGCGUCCGCGCUGGCGGGCAGCAACGGGCACAUCGCGCGGCACGAGGAGGUGCGCAGGAUCGGCACCGACGCGCGGGUGCUCCAGGAGAGGGUGUACGGCGCCGCGCCCGGCUCCGGCGGACCCGGACGCGUACCGCUGACCCCGGAGAGGAGGGCCGUCUCGGUGCGCACGAGGAGAUGACGGAGCUCGGCUCGGUUGGGUACAGGACAUUGGUCAGUUGGGGCCUCAGAGUUAAGACUUUCAGAGUUUAGAGGUCGGAUCGGCUAGAAAUGAGAUGCAGGAAUCCGGGGCCGUUGCUUCGCCAGCAGCCCGGCACAGGGGGCGGUUUCCACUUUCCAGUGCUUCGUUGCAGAAUCCCGGGGACAUCCCUGCUUGGGAGAAAUCAGAUAUUCAGGUGUGUAUGACUAAAUCAGAUAUACGUUGCUCGUGUUCAUGUUUUCUUGUACAUAGGAAGGCAGGGUAGUACAGUACUGUAUUUAUUUAUUUUUAACGAUUUUUAGUGAUGGAAGGUAGAGUGGUUCAAAAUUCUA